CCUCGGUCUGGAGUCUGGAGUCUUCCCGUGAAGGACGCUUUUGUGUGAAAACAGCUCUUCUUUCUUCAGUAGUAGUUUCUCUACCUUGUUUUGCUGCUGCGGUGAAGGAAAUGAGGAUUUAGCAAGUAUCAAAGAAUAAGCUUCUUUAUUCUUGCUCAUUCAGCUGCUUCCUGAAACCUUUUUUACCCAGUGAUGGCUGACAAUUUUCAAUCAAUUCCUUUCAAUUAUGCAGGCUCGCAGAGGCACCGUGUCCGACUUCCCCGGCUUUGAUGAGCGCGCCGAUGCCGAAGCUCUGCGGAACGCCAUGAAAGGGUUAGGAACGGACGAGGACAGCAUCCUGACCCUGCUGACGGCCCGGAGCAACGCUCAGCGCCAGGAAAUCGCUGUGGCUUUUAAGACGCUGUUUGGCAGGGAUCUUCUGGAUGACCUGAAAUCAGAACUGACUGGAAAAUUUGAAAGAUUAAUCGUGGCUCUGAUGAAACCCUCCGAGCUGUACGACGCCUAUGAGCUGAAGCAGGCCCUCAAGGGUGCUGGGACAGAUGAGAAAGUGCUGACGGAAAUCAUUGCGUCGAGGACCCCGGAGGAGCUGGCAGCCAUCAAGCAGGUGUACGAAGAAGAAUAUGGCUCCAGCCUGGAAGAUGACGUGGUGGGCGACACUUCAGGCUACUACCAGAGGAUGCUGGUGGUUCUCCUGCAGGCCAACAGAGACCCUGACGUUGCAGUGGAUGAAGCUCAGGUUGAACAAGAUGCUCAGGCUUUGUUUCAAGCUGGAGAACUUAAAUGGGGGACAGAUGAAGAGAAGUUUAUCACCAUCUUUGGAACACGAAGUGUGUCUCAUUUGAGAAGGGUGUUUGACAAGUACAUGACAAUAUCAGGAUUUCAAAUUGAGGAAACCAUUGACCGGGAGACUUCUGGUAAUUUGGAGCAACUUCUCCUUGCUGUUGUGAAAUCCAUUCGAAGUGUGCCUGCCUACCUUGCAGAAACUCUCUACUACGCUAUGAAGGGAGCUGGGACGGACGAUCACACCCUCAUCAGAGUCAUGGUUUCCAGGAGUGAGAUUGACCUGUUUAACAUCAGGAAGGAAUUUAGGAAGAAUUUUGCCACCUCUCUUCACUCCAUGAUCAAGGGUGAUACUUCUGGGGAUUAUAAGAAAACUCUCCUGCUGCUCUGUGGAGGAGAAGAUGACUGAACACCCGCUGCUUGCCUGCCACCACCGCACGCGUCCCGCAGCCACCUCACUGCACUUCAUAGAUGCCAGCGCUUGACACAUUCUUUGCCUUAUUCUUACUAGCAUGUUAAUGACUAAGUCUUACAUGUUAUAAAAGAAAAUAGUGGUGCUUCUUUCUGAUCUUCAAUUAAGAUCUUCCCCUUUGACUGUUGUGCUGAAGUGUACUUAUAGUACUAAAUACAGAAGUGUAGGUCAGUUAUAUUUUUCUUUAAGAGAUCAGACUGCUUUUAGCCUUAAAAAACUUCAUUUAUAUUAAAUUGAUAGCCAUAUUACAUUAAUCAGCACCUUAGCCUCAAAUUGUGAACUCCUGGCAAUGAUGUUAACCAAAUUUGCUCCUAAAUUAAACCUGAACAAUUAUGGUGGUUUUGUUCAAAUAUUAAUAAAAAUUUAAUAUUGCCUUCCCCCACAAUUGUGUGUGUAUAUAUUCAGAAAG